ACAUUAAGUCAACGUUGAGAUGCUGCUGCUGAACGACUCUGAGCUCCGGAGCUUCUCCGAGUUCAGCUUCGAGCGACGGUUCGACGAGCGAGGAGCGAUCCGCUGGAUGCAGCUGCACUGGUCCAAGUCCUUCCUGUUCUGUGCUCUCUACGCCGCCCUGGUGUUCGCUGGACGUCACUACAUGAAGCCUCGACCCAGAAUGAACCUGCGGCUGCCGUUGGUGUUCUGGUCGCUGAGUCUGGCCGUGUUCAGCAUCGUCGGCGCCGUCCGGACCGGUUCCUACAUGUUCCAUGUCCUGAGCUCCAGCGGCUUCAGAAGGUCCAUCUGUGACCAGAGCUUCUACAACGGUCCCGUCAGCAAGUUCUGGGCGUACGCCUUCGUCCUGAGCAAGGCCCCGGAGCUGGGUGACACGGCGUUCGUGGUGCUGAGGAAGCAGAAGCUGCUCUUCCUGCACUGGUACCACCACAUCACCGUGCUGCUCUACUCCUGGUUCUCCUACAAGGACAUGGUGGCCGGCGGCGGCUGGUUCAUGACCAUGAACUACGCCGUGCACGCGCUCAUGUACAGCUACUACGCCGCCCGCGCCGCCGGCCUGCAGAUGCCCCGCCCCCUGGCCGCGCUCAUCACCAGCGCCCAGAUCGGCCAGAUGCUGAUGGGGCUGCUGGUCAGCGCGCUGGUGUUCGGCUGGAUGCCGCAGGGCGACUGUCCGUCCCGCCUGGACAACGUGGUCUGGGCGGCGCUCAUGUACCUCAGCUACCUGCUGCUCUUCUCCAACUUCUUCUACCAGACCUACCUGCGGCGCGGCGCCAAGACCAAGAGCCAGUAGGAGGCGCCACCGCCGGGCAUCAUGGGAGGUUCAUGUGGAAGGGCAGCAGCUGGACAAGAGAACAGCAGGUGUUAUUGAUCAGCUGAUCGACUGCAGACUUCAGGUCCGAGAACAUCAGGACGUUCUGACCCGUUUCACCGUGAAGCCGUUUCUGAGCAGCUUCAGGUUUUAAUGAUUUUAAUCAGUUUCUGCUUGAAAGAAAGAAAAACUCAAAGAUCUUCAUCUAAACAUUGGUUGGUUGAGAAUCUGAGUCCAUCGAUGGUUCAUGGGCUCCCUGUGGUCAUAAACCUGGUCGGGUCACCUGCUGGUUCUGAAAGCGGUUUGGGUUCAGUGUUGGUCGCUGCUCACUGGGUGGAAGCUGGUUCUGAAUCCUACAAAAUGAAGUCCAGUGACAGAAGCUUCAUCGACGGGUUUUGAUCUUUGACUUUGUGAGUCUUGAGCUUUCCAUCCUGUUGGAGCUGAACCGGUUCUGUUCUGUCGGAACCACUCGGAGCUGAACCGGUUCUGUCACAUCCAGACUGUGGAAGCUGCAUCUUUUCUUCUUUAGUUCUUAGAACUUUUGUGGCAGCUUCAAAUCUUUUGAACAAUCCUGUAGUUUGCAGAGAAUGUUUGACUCUUGGGUCCAGACUCGGGCGAAGCAGCUUCAGGAGCUCAAACUGAACUUCUUUCUCCUUUUUUGCUUCUUUUUACAUUCAUUUCUGACUUCACCUGUUUUCUGAUCAGAAUCUUUUCGUCCGUUUUUCGUUGCAGCUGAAAACCACCAGAAGUUUUGUAUCUAUUUAUUGAUCGAUUAGUAUUUAUUGACGUAUGAAGGUGCCUGAUUGGCUGCUGGAAGAGUCUCCUCAGUUCAUUUAUUUAGAUGAUCACAGCUGGAAGGGUUUCAGCUGCUGCUCCUCUCAUCAGGGUGAUUAAUCAAUACCAAUAUUGAUCCGUUGAAUUAGUCUGAAACAAACAGAAGCUGUUUGACUGGAUGACGAUGAUCAGACGUCUUCUGGAUGAACUCACUGAAGUUGUUGUGUUUCAAAUAUUUCAUUUAUUGUUUGGAAAAUAAAUUCAAUAAAGGCUGUUUUUAAAUGUGU